ACUCUGACUGUUCUGAGAAGCAGCAAAUUGAGGCGAAAGCUGAAGCGGUCCAACUGUGUGAACGUCUGCUGAUUCCUGCUGCUGUUUGCCGACGACCAGGAGGCGUUCUGCCUGAGGAAAGUCCACUUUGGUUCUGCUUGGUAUUUUGUGUUGAACUCUUAAGAAUUUGGAAUCUUUUCAUAUUUUCUUUCCCAUCUUGGGAGCUGAUGAGCAGCAGAUGGACCUGGAGCUGUAGGGUCAAUUUUCUCCUGAGAUCAGGUCAACAACAGGUCACUGACAUGGGCGUCCACAUCCAAGACGGCGCGCAGGUGUGAAAACUACAAACAAUUCUCCUGAUGGAUUCCUGGAGAUGAGCUAACCUAGCUUCAUCCCGCCCAUGUCAUCCAGAGCUGAAGAGUUUCCAGACAUCAGUGCCACUAUGCUCCAGGAUGUCCUUAGCUCCUUGUCUCCUUCCACUUCCCCCAUGACUCCUCCAGCUUCAUCCUGCAGUAUUAAUGAAUCUUAUAAGUACAUCUUCCUCCCCAUUUGUUACUCUUUUACCUUCAUAUUUAGCAUUACUUUGAAUUCUAUCAUCCUCUACCGUUCUUUCCGUCAAGCCAAGCGCUGGAAUGCUUCCCUCAUAUACAUGGUCAACCUGGCCUCCACAGACUUUAUGUAUGGACUGUCUUUGCCAUUUCUUGUGGCUAGUUACAUAAUGCGUGACCGCUGGGUGUUUGGGGACUUCAUGUGCCGCCUGGUUCGCUUCCUCUUCUACUUCAACCUCUAUUGCUCCAUCUUCUUCCUCACUUGCAUUUCUGUUCACAGAUACCUGGGUAUCUGCCACCCGAUAAAAGUGAUCACCCUGGAGACCAAGAGAGCUGUCAAGAACACUUGUGUGUUGGUGUGGAUCGUGGUGUUCGCUUUGACUUGCCCUAUUUUCCGGUUUGCCCAGACAAGCUAUGUGACCAGAAUGGCAGAAACGUGGACCAAUGCAAGUAAAACUGUUUACAACAAGAGUCACAACAUGCCAUCAUCAAGGGGCAACAUCAGCUAUAAUAGCCUGGGAUUGCCCCAUGAGGAAUACCAGAACUGUUGGGACGAUGCCAUAGACAAAGAAUUUCUUGACUACAUUCCCUAUGGGAUUAUUCUACAUUUAAUUGGCUUUUUUUUACCCUUUUUCAUAAUUGCUUGGUGUUACUCUCGUGUAGUCCUCACCAUAUUUAAGACCCUGCAUUCCCAACCCUCAUACCGCAAAGGACCCAGAAAUAGUAACAGCGAGGUUGUGGAGAGAAGAGGCAGAAGUGGCUCUGCAGCAGGUGGAAGAGGAAGCAACGGCUUGUUAAGGGGGGUAGAAAAGGAUGAAGAGAUUUCUGUUUUCCUGGGAGCUCGUUCUCCGUAUGCGAGCCGCAGACGUAAAUCCAUCAGGACCAUCAUCACCAUCACCUUGCUCUUUGCUUUGUGUUUUUUCCCCUUCCAUGUGACCAGAACCAUCUUUCUGCUGCUGAAAGUCACCGGGAAAGUUCCCUGUGAAACCAUGACGACAGUGUCGAUGUGCUAUAAGGUGACACGGCCGCUGGCGUCCUUCAACGCAUGGCUAAAUGCUCUUCUAUAUUUUCUGACCAAAGACAAGGUGGGAGCUCACUGCUGUCCAGCAGGGAGAACUAAAAGCCCACAGCAGGCUGGACCGCUGCUGCCGCUGAGAAUGAUGGGAAAAGGAGACAGUCCAGUUGGGGAAACUAUGGGAGUCCAGAUUAACAACGAGGAAGAGAAAGAAUUUCACCAUCUGUCACACAAAAACGUAUGAUAAAAAACACUGAAUGAUAGAUAGAUAAGUAGAUUGGUUGACUGAAUGAAAUAGUCAUUCAGUCAACCAAUGACUGAAUGACAUUGGUUGACUAUUAACACAAAUACUGUGUGUCGUCUCUUGCUAAAUGAUAUUGAUGAUGGUAUAAAUUACACAAAUAAUACAUUUUUAAACAUGCUGUUUAUCAUCACAUAGCUCAACUUUGUAGUUAUUUACAUUUGUAUGAUGUUUAUACCAUUAUGGAAGCUGCAGUUUGUGUGUGACCAUUUAAAGAGAGCAGGAAUAUUAAACUGAAAGAGUUCAAGCAUCACAGAAAUCUAACGUUGUCUUGGUCUCACCUUUCUUAACCCUUUGGUGGAGGAUUUAAAAAAAUGAUUUCAUCAAAAGAUCAUCUGGAGAUGAGUUAUUGCUGGGACAUAACAGCUCCAAAAAAUCCCUACCACUCUUUUAGAAGCAGAUAAGACCGUAGAGAAAUAUGACUGUAUUUACCUAUCUUUCCAUUCAUGCACAGGAGGAGAGCAAACACACCAGGCAAGGCACGUUUAUUUGCGUAGAGGGAAAUUCAAAGUGCUGCACAGCAAGAACAACGGAAAAGAAAUUGGGGGGCGGGGGGAAGCCUGAUACUUAAAAAGACAGAGGAAGUAUCACAAGUUAAAAGUUAAACUAAAAUUAAGCAAAUCAAAAUCUGAAACAAGACAGCAUCGCUGCUGUAAAGCAAUCUUUGGCUUUCAUGGAAAAACAAUUGUAAACAAUAAUGUUUUCAGCCCUGAUUUAAACACUUUCUGAACAUCUCAGGCUUUGCUGGGAUUCCAGAAAAUGUAUAUUUCCUGUUAGUCAUUUAGCCUGAAUCAGCUGGCUGAUUGUUUUUUUUUUUUCUCUUCUUCUUUAAAGAGAUCUGGAUAGAACCUAAUUUAUUGAAAAUGUCUUCUGUGUCAUCCUCUUGGUGAAAAACUUGCAAUAGCAGACAGCAGGGUGACAUUUAGUUGUUGCAGUUCAGGAUCCAGGAUGUGUUUUUCUCGCUCUGUGGUCUUUAGCUCCAUUUCUCCACUUUGAUUUCUAAUCUUGUCUUUUUGAAUCCAAAAAACAAUAACUUCAGAUUUUUUUUGUUUGUUUGUUUUGGUUUGUUUUUUCAUUAAGCUGGACAAAAUGUCACCCCAUCCACUAAUGGACAUUUUGUUUCUAAAUUUAAACAAUGUGUGCUAAGUUUGGAUUAAUAAAACAAGAACAGAAAAACAGCAGGUUGGUUGGUCCAUUGUUUGGUUUGAUUUUUGUCUAUUUAGCAAACAAACUCAGUUAUUAAGAGAAUAAAUAUAUAAAACUUCUUAUUUGACAGAAGCCUUCUUCUCUGCAUAUUUACUCUGACAAACAACCUGCAGGCUGUCGGAACGUAUGAGACAUUUAUCUGUUUUAUCUGUUCUAGUUUUUGUUUGUUUGUCCAGCAUCUUGGUAAAUUUGGUCAAAUUUUUAUCCUCUCACUUUGAUUUAAGAAAUCUUUGUGAUUUUCAUAUCUCAUUGUUUGAGCACCAGACGUUGAGCACCAGGUCCAAUACAAACCCUUACAAACAGAUAAGCAAAAAUGUUUGGCACUUAAAAUGUUCCAGUUCAGUUGACACUGUCUGUCUAAUAAACAGCAAAAUGUUGUUGUGCUAGAAACUCAUUCCUGUCUCACACUUUCAGCAAUCCACUUUAUGAUUAUUAAUUUUGUCUUUUUAAUCCAUCGUUCUUCUUCACAUUGCAGCUGGUCGGUGAAACAACUGACGGACUUUCUGUGCCAACAUAAACACUGACUUGCAAAUGAACCUGUCAACCCUUGAAGAUUUGAACAUAAUAAUCACAAACUACAGUCAUAUUCAGUAUGUCAGAGUACAUGUUCCAAUGAGGUUCAUUUUGAACGUUAAAACUUUGAAUCAGGUUUUAAACAGACUUUUAUUUUCUGUAGCCCACAUUUCUGUAUUCAGAUAUUUUGUAUUGCUCUAAUUUUACAUGCGCUGUCUAUAAUGAUAUGUUCUCUUUAUCUGUAAGUGGAAAAUCAUCAUAAUUAACAGAAAUAAAGGCUUGAAAACAUUGUUCUUUGUGUAAUUAAUCUAUGUGACGCUUCAGUUAGUGAACUUUACCGAAACAGCUUUUCAAAAAAUCACUCUAAUUUAUUAAAUGGAUCUGUAUGUGGAGCUGAAAAAAAGAAAUCAUGUUUUAUUUAGUGGCAGUGGAAAACAAUAUUCAUGAUGUCGCCAUGGUGACGUUCUGGUUUACGUCAAAAUCGGUGGAGAGUUAUGAAAUGUUUCUCCUUGUUUAGCGCUCCGGUGUGGCCUGAGACCAGCGCUCUCAUCUCUCUAACAGCCUCUUUUCCACCAAGCUUGACUUGUGAAAAAAUUACAUUAAAAAAUACAUGAGUCAGGCACACACUGAGCACAGGGACCAGUCUGUUGUCUACAGAUGCAGCUCCAUCAUUUUGCUUUUUGCACACGCUCCUAAAAUAACUGGGCACCUUUUUGUCCAUCCAGUUUUUGAAGAAUCUCCCAUUGCCCAUCUCUGGCAUUUAAAGUAGACUUCUGACAUACAGAGCUUCCUGUGAGAGACACACUUUUAUUCAUCUUUGGUUCCUCUCUUCACUCAGUCUUUCCCUUUUCGUCCAGAUGUGUCACAGUCUGAUCUGUCCUAUCAGGGUGGCAGCGUGUUGGAGUAGCUCUGAACUUUCAUUGAGAUUUUUUUCUCUUUCAAAAUUUCAUUCCUGCCUUUUUGGAGGAAAAUAGCUCGUUUUGGACAACUGUUCCUUCUUGUUUGGAUACUGUGUAGUUGGACUGAUUCUGGGCAAUAUUUUUCAUAUUUUUGCUGUUUUGUUAUGAUGCUUAACCGGGUGGUUUAACCCUCCUAUUAUGUUGCGGGUCAAAUUGACCCGUU